UCAUUGUAUGAAACAGAACGGAUUCAGAAGAGAACUUGGUGCAGCAGGUCACCCUGUGCUUCUCCCUCACACAGGGGGGUGGGGUGGUAGCUGGAGCUCAGUGAAGUGCUGCGCCAUCGAGACCAGAUAUUAUUGCUAUUGCUAGCAAACUGUGACUUCAUGAAUAAUCUCAAUGUACCAGAACAACAAUGGAAUAUUUUCCCUAAUCACCGCGAUGGUGGAGGUGAUGGAAGCAAAUGGAAUUAUGCUUUGCUGGUGCCUAUGCUGGGACUGGCUGCCUUUCGCUGGAUCUGGUCCAGAGAAUCCCAGAAGGAGAUCAAGCAAGUAAGAGCAGAAUGCAAGAAUAUAAUAAACGCAACACAACAAGAUCUGAAAUUGAAGUAUGAAGACACAAUUGUUCAGAAUCGACGCUUGCUUGCAUAUUGUGAGUUAGAACAGGAGAAGCUCAAAAGUAAAGUCCAAAGUUACCGUGAAGCCCUGUUGGCACAAAGCCGGCAGCUGGUUGAGGAACGCAAACAAUUGGAAGAAGAACGUGUAAAUUUAGAACAGAAAAAAAAUUUCCUCCAAUAUUCUGGAGCAGCAGGAGCUUUGUAUCAUGACAUGAUGGAAAGGGAAGCAGUGUGGCAAAGCAAAGCAACAGCACUAAUAAAAGAAUUUGAAAAUUCCCUGGUCCAUCGACAAAGUCUAUUCUGUAGCUACUUCAAACCACGACAAGAAAGACUGGACUUAGAAAGGAAAAUACUUAACCAAGCUGUUAGAAACCCAAUUGCGAGAGAAUUAGAUAUCGAAACUGGCUUGAACGACAUAUUUAAAUAUGAAACACACUGUGCAAAUGUGCAAAACACGGACAAAAGACAGAAUGGCAGGUUAAUGUGGGUGUAUCUAGCAUACUGGGAGCUACAAGCUAAUCUGCAGAAAUUCAAGAAAGUCGAAGCAGCCUUAUUGACGAAACAAGCUGACUAAAAUGUCAAUGAUUUUCCUAAAAAAAAUCAUUGUACCAGGAAUUGCUGAAAGAUAUCCAAUAACUGUCAUUAUUAGUCAACAAAAUAUCCUGAACUUAAAUUAAGUAGUUAUCCAUUAAUUCUGAUUCUCCACAAAUUGCUAAGCAUAGAACUAAAAAAAAGGCAUAUUAUCAUGAACCUAUCUAUAGACAUUAAUUAUGUCAUGAAAUUGCUGGAUUUGUGUUGUGAAUGUCAAUCAAUCUCAAACGUUGCUAAAAGGAGACAUUCAGAAAUGCAAAUUAGGUUUUCGUUCAGAAAAUAAUUUUGGGAUACAAUAUGUGACAUGAUGUGGUAAAUUUAUCAUGAUUCUUGGUGUGGCAGGAAACCUGACGUUGGACCUUCUCUUCCCAAAGACCUCCACCACACUGGAAUUUGCUCAUGUUAUACUGUGCAUUUUGCCCAGCAAUUCCUGUGUUCUUUUGAAAGCAGUUCCCGCAUUCCUAGUAUGAAUGAUGUGACUGCUUUGUCUAUAUUUUGUGGGUCAAAGAAUUUUGUACAUUUUGCACACGUACCCUGGAAUUAACUUGUCAAGUGCCAGUACAGCAAUUAUCAAAUUGAGUUAAAAUGUCAAUUUUUGAUUAUUCCUUUACUUCACUUUUUCUUUAUCUCUGUUAGUACAGUCUUCUCUCUGUAUAGAAUUUGUCUUGAAUUCAUCUUAUUUCCUUCUCCAUCGGCUGCAGUGUAUCUUUAUUGUUUCCUUUUACAGCUAAAGGAGAUAGAUGAUUGGAUGUGAUGUUUAAAUAGAGUGAUGUUUGACUUUGAUGUUCGACUGGCUACUGCCAGUUUGCAUUCCCUGCAAUCUGUAAUGCAAAUAUAGUGUCAUCAUAGGGUGAGAUAUGAAGACCAAUGUAAGCAGCUGCAUAUUCAGCUGGAGUCUGUUGCAACAUUCACUAUCAAAGGAGAGAAGCAGGCGAUUGAAGUAAAAUCCAUUGCACUUUCACUUAACUGUCAAAUAGACUAUUCAGCCUUUCGCACCUGUUCUGUCAUUCAGUGAGAUAAUGUCUGAUCUGAUUGUGGAUUCAGCUUUGAUGUUUCCCCUAAUGCUCAUCCUCCCCAUAAUCCUUGACUUGCAGAUCAAGAAUCUGUUUAACUCAACUUUGAACAUUUUAGAUGACCCACCCUCUACAUGAACACAGAUCUGUAAGUAAAGAAAUUGGAGGAUUAUCCACCUAUCUCCUUUAAACAGAUGUUUGAAAUUAACUUUGACUUUCUAUUUUAGUAUCAUGACUUUUUUUUGGUCACCCAACCAAAAACCUGGGAAGAAUAAUUGAGAACUGAUAACUGAGAUGGUAAGCACAAUAUAAAGAUUGCCACUUUCUGAUUGAUGUUGUUUCUAUCAUCUUAUUCAAUAAUGUUUGCUUUAUGUAGAUGUUUUUGGCAGAGUAGUGUUGAUUGAUCUAUUGUUUAGAUUGCUCUGGGUUAUUCACUGCUUCACAAAUCAGGGAAAGGGAGCGUGAACUGAGCAACUUCAGUUGUGUUUGGGAUUCAGAAGAUGGAUGCAUUUGUGUGCAGCUUUGUGGAAAUGUCUCUGUUUCAUAACUACUCUGGUAUGCUGAUCUGAAUAAAUUGAGAACCAUGGUUAAGGAUUAUGUGCAUAUUUAUGGAAUUUGGAUCAUGUACAAGGGAUUUUAAAUGACCUGAUAUUGAAUUUUGUGAGGUGUUGAAAUCUUGAGUGUAUUAUGUGUGAAGAAAUGGAUAAAAGUCUUGAAAUCUGCUAAAUUUCUUUUUUUUUUAAAUGGAUUUCAGAUAAGCAUACACUGUACUUGUUGAAUAUUUGUUGUUGUCUAUCUUUUUGGAGAAGAUUUCUCCUGUUUAUCUCCAUGAAAUUUCAAUGCAGAAAGUAGUGAUUAAU